AUGUCUCGUCCGCCCGUGAGUAUCGAUCGCCUCACUCCCCGACGGGCGACGAUCGAACCGCGCGAGUCGAUGAACUGCAAGUCGUGUCGCAAGCGGAAGAUUAAAUGCAACCGCAUGCGCCCGAGCUGUGAGGCGUGCAAGGUCUUCCAGUGUCCUUGUAUCUACGAUGCCGUGCCUAAAAAACGAGGACCAAAAACAGACGUGCUGGAGGCGCUGUUGAAACGAGUCGACGGCCUGGAGAAACGCUUGCAGGACGAGAAGACGCCGAUUUCACCCACCUCGAUUGCAAAGGAGGACGUCAAUCCCACCGCGAGUCGAACAAACGAGAAUAUUCCCCAUCCUCAUAACCAUGCUCGUCGAGCAACCAUUGACGGCAUGUAUUAUCCUGUCCAGGAAUUUGCCUCUGCUGUUCCUCCUCCUGCUGCUCCUCCUGCUCCUCCUGCUCCUCCUGCUCCUCCUGCUCCUCCUCUUGCUCCCCUUCCGACUAUCGCCCUCCCCGAAUCUCUCCUGGACGCUUACUUCUCCCGUCUUCACGGGAAACCAUACUAUAUCCUCGAUGAGCAGAGUACAAGACAGAAACACCAGCUGGGGCAGCUCUCUCCUCCUCUCAGUCUGGCCAUCGUCGCCCUCGCCAUGCGGUAUACCAGCGCCACAAGCCCGGAGACGGCCCAGCACACGCCGCUGGAUUAUGCGUUGCAGGCUCGCCAGAUGGUCGAUGUCGAUCAGCCUUCUAUCGAGAGAUUGCAGGCUCUGUUGCUUCUCUCGCAGGCUUUCUUUGCUUUGGGACUUGGCAAGAAAGCUUAUAUGACGUUUUCAAGCUGCGUGGCAAUGGUGAUAGCCCUCGAUCUAUACCGCGAAGUCCCCUCAAAAGUCAACUGCUCCUCGCUGGAGCGGGAGAUGCGCCGCCGUCUCUUCUGGGCAACGUACAUGAUGGACCGAUUCAUCACCUGCGGCUCGAAACGGCCGUGUCUCAUCUCCGAUCACUCCAUCCUGCUGCGACUCCCGGCGUGGACGUCCCAGGGAUCCUCGCUGAACGUGGAAGGCGAGAUGUUCAACGUCGGGCCCAACAUCCACUACUCGUCUGAUGCGCGCCGGCGAGCGGGCCAAGGCGCCGCAGCGCUGCUGAUAGACAUCACGCGCAUUCUGGGCGUGACGAACCGAUACCUGGCUGCCGGCGGGGUCAAGGGCGACUCGCAUUUCCCCUGGCACUCGCUGUCGAACCUGUCCAAGAUCCGCCAGGAGCUGGACAUCUGGGCCGCCGGCACGCAGGACGUCUUCGCCUCCAUCGACGCCCUGUUUGGCCAUCCGGAGAGCACCACCCUGCUCCUCAGCAAACUCAUCUACCACCUCGUCCACUGCCUCAUCUACCGUCCCUUCCUUCCCAUCGAUCUCGUCGAGCUGCGCGGCAGCGGCCAGCACCAGUCCUGGCAGAUCGAGGCGACCAAUCUGUGCUUCUCGCACUCCAACGCCAUCGCCGAGUUGGUCGAGCUGGGUCGCGCCGCGCCCCUCGUCGAGUGGCCCGACCUGGUCGGCUACUGCGUCGCCAUCGCCGCCACCGUUCACGUCCACGGCGUGCACUACAAGGGUCCCGCCGACGGCGGCGGCGAGGUGUUCGCCGCCAGUCCGGAUUUCCUCACGCGCGAAAUGCACCAGCUGGCCUGGCUGCGCGCCUACUGGGCUGGAGUCCAGCACCUGCGCGAGAUGCUCCAGACCAUCUACGCCGCUCACACGGAGCUCGUCCGCUCCUUUGCUACCAGCUCCAUGCGCUUCUCCCCUGUCUUUCACCUCGAAGACUUCCUAGACCGAUACCCGGGCUUGGCUGUCGAUGGCGCUCACGUUCGCCUUGUCGAUAUGCCGGUCGAUCAUGAGAGUUUAUUCGGCCAGGACUUUCUUAAUCGCCUUUCCACCCCCUACUUCCAAAACAUGUACCAGACACCCAGGCCUCACUUACAACCGUCACCAUUAUCAUCCCUCGCAUUAGGGGGCGAGCGCCGGGACUCGCAGUUCAAAGAGCACACUCGGUCUUCUGCCUUUGCCCGCCCUGCCUCCGACUUGCCCUCCAUGUACGCCGUCCCGGCCACAGACUUAAGCGCGACAGGAACAUCUUCCUCCUCUUUCCCGCCCGACCACGCAACCCUGCCAAACCCCUUCUCCCCGGGGAUGUUUGCAUUCUCCCCCUCGGCCGUGCUAGCAGACUCGGUGCUCAACGUCGCGCCCACCCCGCCCGCCAACCCGCAAUACGCGACCUUCCCCUUCGACGCAGUCAACCUGAAUGCCUCCCCGCAUGGCGCUGGGCCGGGCGCCCUCAUCGGCGCCACGGCGUUAACACCAGGCGGUCAGUCACAGGGCAGCGGCUCGCACACGGGCACAGCAAGUGACAACCCGGCCUCGGAGAAGGAUCCGUUCCUCAGCCUGCUGGAACGGCUGGCGGAGAACGAGCAGAACUCGGCGGGCGGGCCGAGCGAGCUGGAUUUCUUCCUCGGCGCGGUGGAGGAGGAGGAGAAGUAG